AGGGGGAGAGAGAGAAGCGGAGAGAGGGAGGAAGGAGCGAGAAUGGCGGCCGUGCAGUGCACCAGAUGCACGGCAGAAAGAAGAGGGUUUCGGCGGGAACUUGAUUCUUGGCGACACAGACUGAUACACUGCGUCGGGUUUGAAAGUAUUCUGGAGGGAGUUUAUGGCCCAAUGCUGCUGAGGGAGCUUAAUUUAUUUAAUGACUGUGAACCUGAAGAGGUGGAUGACUGGUCUGCAGAAACGAGCUGCUCCCAGUGUUCGUUCUGUAACCUUCCACUGGACAAACUUGGUGAUCAAGCUCCUGCAGCCACUUCGCCUCUCUCCUCCCCCUCCGAUUACUCUCCAUGUCAGACCUCGACCAUCUCUGAGAGCAGCCAGUCAGCACACAAGUUCCUUCAAGCUGUGUUUCACAAAAAAGAUGUGACCUUGGACUGUGAGUCCAGUGUACCAUUGGUUGCCCAGGAACUGAUGAAGAAGAUGAUACAUCAGUUUGCUGUAGAGUACGCUUCAAAAUGCCUGCUCCGCCCCAGUACAAACGGUGUUACUAGCCCCUCAUCUUCGUUGUCGGAAACAUCAGAAGGCCCGUUGGAUCUGACAGUAAGCCGAACACUUGAAGUGAAACAGAGUAAAGCUGAAUCAGAUGGCGUGCUGGAUCUCUCAAACAGGAACUUUUCAAGCUCAGCAACCUUGUCAUCAUCUAUUCACAAAGCCUCAGGGAGGCAGCACAGACAGAAGGAGUACAUUGAGAGGAGCUGGGAGCUGUCAGAGGGGUUACUGUCCAAGGCUUUGAAGGAUAUUUGUUCAGGGAGACUGCAGGAGCAACGAGCUGCAUUACUCUAUGGGAUACCGCUGCAAACCCUCAGGCAAGGUUUGGACGACUUGGCUGAGGGGAGGCUGGAGGUGCUGCAGCAGUUUGCACAAGGAGCCAGAGAUUUCAGGGAUGAUGUGACCUCUCACAUUGUGAUUUCAUCAAGGUUAGGUGGCCAAGCUCGUCUAGUUCUGCAGAAGGCGGCAGCGUGGGCGGAGCGAGCAGAAGUUGGGGGAAAUACAAUGAGGAAUGGAGAUGCUCAGGGAUGCCCUCCAGAACCCACCAAGCCCAUCCUCCAGUUUGGGAGCUUCCACAACCCUGCGCAUUCCUCAGGUUCGUUCUAA